UUCCAGAAGUCAUUAUCCACAGCAGCCUCAGAGCUCAUGUGUGAAAAUCCCUCAUACAGAAAAGGGCCUUGAAAUGGAUUGUUUAAGCCAGUAAUGGUUGGUGUGGCCCAGCCUGUUCUUAUAGUCUUUAACUUUCACAGAUUAGGGAUUAAUUAAUUGACAAAGUUAAUGAAAGAACAGACUCUGACAUAGGAGGUCUAACUCAUGCAAGAAAAUGCAAUUGAAUACACUUUUGCUCCUGUUCUUCACUGUUUCUGGAUUUUCUAAGGCAUUAAAGGCAGCAGAGGUGGAUGGCAUAAGGAUAGAUGUUUCUGAUAAGGAGAGAGAAAAUGGAGGUGAAAACCUGGAAGAAAAUGAACAAGAACAAAUGAUGGACAGAUUUACAAGCCUAACAAAGAAGACAUCUGAGAAUAAACCAACCACAGAGGAGAGAAGGAAUGAGAAGGGUCCACGCUUUAAAGGAGAGUCAGAGAGAAUCAGUGUGCAAAAGAAUCAGAACCAAAUCUCUUUAUUUAGCAAUAUAGAUGAUUUCCUAGAGGAAAAUCAACAAUAUAUAAGAAGAUUUGAGGAAGCGUCAAUGUCAAACACAGAUUCUGGAAUGAAUUUAGUUCCAGAAUCAAACAUAAAUAGGUUAGGUUGCAGUAGGGGGCUAAAGAUGAUUAGAAACUGCACCAAUAAACAGGAAAAACAAGUGGUGAAAACCAGUGCUACAAUAAAGAAAAAUAAUCCGCUAAUAGAGAAAGACAGAAAACUGGAUGCUGUAAUUCCUCUUUUUGACAAAAGACGAGACACUAAAGAUGAUAAGAAUACUAAAAGGAUAGCUUCAGAUUUAAAGUUGAGAAAGGUGGAGGAAAAGGAUCCAUUAAUAUUAGAGGCUAAAACAAUCACAGCAAAGCAGUCAGUGGAUAUAAACAAAGUCCAUGAGGCAAAAAAGGAGGAAUUUAUCACCACAUUACAAGCAGUGAAGCCAAACCCAGCAGAUUUAAGGUUAGUAGGCAAACUAAAAUAUUUAAAAACAAUAGAGGAAAAGAAAACAGAAGAAAUAAAUGAAAAUAUACGCACUGGAAAAACAGUAUAUUUUACUCCCAGGCCAAGUAUAACCCUAACUCUGGGGGAACCAAGAGCUGUUACACAGAUGAGAAAAGACAACACAUUUACAGACAAGUAUAAUAAAACAUCUCCAACCGAGCCACAAGGAACCAAACCUUCCAUAAAGCUGAAACUUCUACCAACCACAGUAACAUCAAUGACUCCAACAACAACCAUCAAGAGUAGCAGAAAUAAGAAAAAGUCCAAGAAAAAGAAAAGGAGGAAGGAGAAUAAAACACCAACACCACAAGAGACAAUGAAGAAAAUCCCUCCAGCAGUUUACUUUCCAUACUUCAUGGAUGACUACUGCCCACCUGAGUGCGCCUGUUAUGGAAGAGUUGUCCAGUGCUCUGAUAAAGGUGUUGAACAGUUUCCAUAUGGAAUUCCCUAUAAAACCCGCAACAUCCUCUUGAUGAACAACAACAUCAGCAGCAUCCAGCUGGACUUACUUCGUGAUUAUUCUUCCAUGGAAUUAAUUUCCUUAAGCAACAAUCGACUCACAGAUGGAGCCAUUGAGGGAUCUUUUGAGGAAAUUCCUUCUCUGAAGCGUCUCUAUCUGGAUAGAAAUUUCCUCCAAAGCGUGCCAACUGACCUCCCAGAUUCUCUCGAGGAGCUGCGGCUGGACAGCAACAAUCUGAUGAUGAUGUCAGAGGCAGUUUGGACACAAUGUCCCAGACUGCUGGUUUUAAGUUUGAGCAAUAACAGCCUAGGGAAUGGAUUUAAAUCUCUUCCUCCAGGUGCAUUUUCCCCUUUGCGCAAUCUACGUACUCUGAACCUAAAUUAUAACCAAUUGGCCUCAGUGCCCCUGGAGCUACCGCUGUCCAUCAAGGAGUUAUAUCUAAGAGGGAACCAUAUUAAGCAGUUCAGCAGAGGGGUUUUUAAAGGGAUUUCAGAGCUGCUAGUGUUGGAUCUAAGUGUAAACAAGCUGAAGAGCAAAGGUCUUCUUUGGGAUUCCUUCUUCAAUGCAUCACACUUGGAAAGCCUCAACUUAGAAGCAAACCAACUGAAACAAAUGCCGCAAAACCUUCCUUAUUCCCUGAAAACUCUAAACCUUGAAGGCAAUCUAAUAUCCUCAAUAAAGAAAACCUCCUUCUCUAAGUUGAUUAAUCUGGAGCACUUGGGAAUAGCAAGAAAUAAGAUUUUUAAAAUAUCCAGCGGUGCCUUUAAGACCCUGUCUGUCUUGCACCAGUUAGACCUGUGUCACAACAUGUUGCGCCAGGUGCCCAGGCAGCUGCCUGGUGGUCUGCACUCGGUUGCACUCACGCAUAACAAGAUAGAGUCAGUACCCCAUGAUGCAUUCUGCUGGGGUAAUCAAAGUCACAGCAGGCUUGUACAAGUGCAACUGGAAUACAACUUCAUUGACUUGGGAAAGUUGGAUGAAAAAGCCUUUAGAUGUUUACGAGGAAUGCAGGUCCUGCAUUUCUACUGAACUGAUAAACUGUUACAAUUGAAAUAAAUAUGCUGCUUAUUACGUGACUAUUUUUUUAUAUCUCCCCUCCUCUUUAACAAAGACUUCUGUCCUCCCAGACCAACUUCAAUAAUACUUUUCUAUACUUAUUACAUGUUAAGUCCAUCCCAAACUAAAUCUUCAUUUCUGACUAUUUUUCUGGGAAAUAUUUUCCUUGUAGGUGUAUAAAGAAGUUUUUCCAUUCAAUAAGAGCCCCCUAACAUUACGAGAACACAACUAUGGGUUUCUAACCCUUAUAAAACAAAUAGUGACCUAAUUGGAAUAUCCCUCCUGAAAAUAUUUAAACCACAUUUUGCUGUAAAAAAUAAAAAUGACCCACUAAGAAACAAAUGUGGUUAAAGCAAUUAAUUUGUGAUGCAUCAACUUCCACGAGCAGGAACAUUCUGUUUUGCACAGUAUGAUAUUGUAUGGAUUAAAUUAUUAUUGUCACUGAUAAAAACAGAAUGUUGUUAAAGCAUUUUGGGUUGUUUUCUCGUGCAGUAGAAAAAUAAAAUCUUUCUUUUGAUGUCUCGGAUAAAUAAUGCAUGAUUGUCAUAAAGAAGUAACUGAAAACAAUAAAAUCAAAGUCCAGAUUCCCUGAGGAUCCAGUAACUCUUUUCUGUUUUUCUGUCCAUGACUUUUCCUUCCUGUAAACAACAGAGAAAGAUAAGUUACUCCAGAUCAAUGCAGUUAUGUUCUGUUUUUGUCUUUUUUGCAAAAACCAAAGUGUUUGUAUUCUGACUGGAAUGUUUGUAUAAUAAAUC